CUGGUUGACCGAUUGGUGCGUCUUGGGCAUCAGGUGAUCGUGCUGGACGAUCUAUCCACCGGCAAUUUGGAGCGGCUCAAUCCGUCGGCGGAGCCGUUAUACGGUUCAGUCGCGGACGUGGACGCGGUGGUAUCCGCGACCGAGGGAGCCGAAGUGGUGUUCCACACUGCGGCUUGGGCGCGUAUCGAACGAUCGAUAGCAGACCCCGUUGGGACCCACCAAGUGAACGUGACCGGCACGCUGAACGUCUUGCGCGCGGCGCAGGUCAACGGCGUGAGUCGGAUGAUCAACUCGUCGUCUUCCAGCGUGUACGGCGACCAGCCCACCCACCUGAUGCGCGAGGACAUGGCGCCCAACCCGAAAUCACCAUACGCGCUGCAGAAGCUGAUGGGUGAGCAGUACGCGGACCUGUUUGCGCGCCUGUUCGGAAUGUCUGUCGUGUCGCUGCGUUACUUCAACGUCUAUGGUCACGGCCAGCCGUCGCAAGGUGCGUAUUCGCUGGUGAUACCGCGCUUUCUGCGGAUGCGGGAGGAGGGCAACCCCCUCACCGUGUACGGCGACGGGACGCAGACCCGAUCGUAUACCCACGUUUCCGAUGUGGUGGAAGCGAACAUAUUGGCCGCUACCGCCGAAUUACCGGCAGGUGAGCACACGGUGCUCAACAUCGGGACCGGACAGGAAACCUCGGUGAACGACAUAGCGGCCGCCAUCGGCGGUCCGGUUCAGCACAUCGUGCCCAAUCCCAGGCGGGAGUUUGAAGAGGCCCGCAAGGCAGCCGAUUACUCAAUCGCUCAGUCGCUCAUCGGAUGGGAGCCUCGAGUGGCGUUUGCCGACGGCAUCAAGGACCUUCUCGAAUAG